GGCUUUCUCCUUUAUGGGGGGCUCUGGGAUCUGUGAUCGGGCCCUUCUGGGAGGCGCUGACCUCCAAAGGAGAAAGCUCCUGUGGUAGCCAGCUCUCUGGGGCCACCUGGGAAGUGACUUUGGCUCUUGUUUUCAGCACAUGCACCUCUCCUCACUAUGUUACAGAAAGACAGCUCCGCAUUCUGUGACAAAGACUUGCUUGUGCACCUCUCAAAGCUGGAAAACAACCUGAUCCCUUCAUCUAGCCAAGGAAAAUAUUUUCCAUUCUGACGGAGUCGGAAAUACCUCUUCAUCACAGUCAGGCAGCUGCAGCAUAGACUCCUAAGAUACCUUUUUUUAAUGUAUUUGGUUUUCCUUUCAGCAGAUGCCUUCCAACUGCAUUGAUUUACCCGAUGUGCUAAAUCUGUGGCAUUCCUAAGGAAGUUAAAGCAAACAUCGUGCUGCCCAGCAGCAUCAUGUUGGUAUUUCUUCUGUCGGGUUCUUGCCACAAACAGUGCAGGUCGUGUCAAAUGGGCUUACUGAACAUGCCCACACCUGGGGUCAGAGAAGUCUUAUCUACUGGUGGAAACAGAUUUAUGUGUGCUACCAAAAGGAGCGGGAGAGACAACUGAAUCAUGUAGAGUAUCUGGGCUGGACUGGGGUGGAGUUUGGCUUUGUCCAGGAUGAUUCCAGCAAAGAGUGUCUCCAUAGCAGUGAUCUUGUCCAUUCAAACUCAUCUUGGCCUCUUCGAUUCUUGUCGAAGCCAAACUGCUGUUGAAACCUAACCUGCCAUGCAACUUCCACAGCCCCAGAGGAGCUUAGGGAAGCAAAGACCAGAAGAAGAGCACGAUUAAGAGAGUGGAUGCUGUAGUUACAAAAGGCUCACAGACCUCGAAGUUCAGAAGGAGCCAUCGCCAAACAUGAUGGAUUGGAGAGGGACAGCCCGAAGUGUGACAGGCUGAAGUGCCAUGAAACAAGUAGGUGAAAAGUUGGUCAGCAUCUAUUUAGCUGCGUCUGCUGUCAGAGGAGUUGGUGUGAGGAUCUCGCCAAGCCACAAUCACUUUAGGUGGGACCAUGCUUGUCAGCAUGGUGGCUGGGUGACUUGGCAGUCAGUUAUUUGACUGUAAUUUCUGUGCUGAUGAGCUGAUUUUCAUAAUUAUGUUCUCAUGCUAGGAAGGGAGACACGCAGCUGCUCAGGAGGCUGUUCUGUUCCAGGCAAGGCUAAAAUUAACUUUUUCUCAUUAUUGUUAUGGACUUGAGCUGGAGUGGGUGGAAGGGGAAGGUCAGCCUUCCCAGAGCAAAGAUUCAGUCUGACGUUUCAUGCUGAAUGGCAUGGGGCUUUCUGUGGGACGUGAUUGACCUGAUCAUGUGUGGCAACGUAGGAAGCUCAGAUUGCCAUGACGUAGAAAAGGGCACAAGAUGAGGUUGCAACACAUUUUAUUCCAGUGGAGUGAAAAAUGCUUCCCCUCAGUCUGUGUAAAAAGUAGAGAAAGGAGAAACUGGAUUAUUCUCUGCUGUCAGCUAUCCUACACGAGACUGGCUACUCUGUACUGCUGACUGCUUUUAGAGACCGAUGCCUCUUAUUUAAGAAUAAAAUGGGGAUUUACGUGCUGGUGCAAACUGUGAUUUUCCUCUCAGAGUAACUAUCAGGUUAUUCAGAUAAUCUGCUCCUCUCAGACAGUUUUCCAUACAAAAAAAAAGGAACUGUCUGAUGUAACCCAGCAUUGUCUGUUCAUUUUUUCCAUGUGGAACUCAAAGCUUGAGCUCCAUUCUCCGUUUCUGCCCUAUUAGGGCAGGUUCUGUAUUCUCAGUAUUCAUAUCCUAGUUGAUUUGAAAGCAGAAAAAGCCAUUUCGAAAUGUGUUGGCCAACACAUUACCCUAAGCAGAGCAAGUUGGGUUAUACACUGUAAGGUGGCUACAGGUUGCCCUCUGGUUCCUAUUUUGUCUACUGUGUUAGAGGACCUGUGGCUGUUGCAGACGGGGAAGUUCACAUCCCAAGCAGCUGAUGUGCCUCAGGUCCCCCUGAUAACCCCACGAGGAGUGUAAGCUUUCUCCAAACGCUGCUUUGAGAAGGUUCUUCCUUCUGCCUAUAUAACCUACAAGCAAUUCUCCUCUUUGCUUGUGCUGUCUGCAACUCCUCUGCCAGAAAAUUGCUCUGCUUUUGUGCUGUGGCCUCCCUGCCUGCUGCUCUAGGACACAGAAGUUGUUUUCUCCCAGUCCCUUUUCAUGUCUUGGAGCUGCCAUGGUCAGGCCUCCUCUGAGGGCCCACGAGUGUGAUCUUCAUACAAAGCUCUUGCUCAGCGGGUGAAGCGAGGGGAAACGCGAUGGAAGAAGCCCUUGGUGGAGGCCGUGGACUUGUGGUAGCAGAAGGAUUGCAUUUGGAGUGGGCUGCAGAGGAGAGGGAGAUUUGUUUUUGCAGAAUCCCACUCCAGAGCAUCUUCUGGUCUGGCACCAGUCCCUCCUGGUUCAGGUGCUGCUGUCCUCCGCAGCCUGGGGCCUGACGCCUAAACGGGCCGUGUGGGCCCAGCAGCCGCCAUGUGGCAGAUCAAGGCUCCAGCCAGCGGGUCCCUUCCAACUUGGGAUAUUCUAUGAUCCUAUAACGUGGGCUGGGCCUGGGCAUCCCCUUGGCUGAUGCCCGGUGCCGUUUCUGAGGAGUGGAAGGUGUGGGCGAGGCCGUGACGGCCCACCACUGAAAGCCUUCCCAGGCUCCUUGGGAGGCAUUGAGUUGGAGACGUGGCUGGAGAGCCAGGUUUUUGGAAAGAAGGUGGGAAGCCAGGAUGUUGGUGGCAUCCUGGAAAAACUGAUCUUACCAGAGCUGUCUGUGGCAGCAUUACAGCUUCUAGUGAAGGUUUUUGGUGGCGAGAUCAUGCUGCAGUUUCAGUUUCCACAGGUUGAAUGUGGCCCUGGUGGACGUGUCUUUUCAUCCUUCAAGCCGUUUUUUCAGUAACUGCACUGGCCAGUGCCUUGGGAGCUCUCAUCCACUCUGAAACCCUUCGUCAGCUAAAGCCACAUCUGCUGCUGUCUCUGACACACCACAGCAGUGUGACAAAGGAUCAGACACCACCUUACAUAAGAAUGAGUCCCCACAAGCAGCGAGGCACCGUUGCGUUGCACAUCCACUGUAACCCUGCAACAUGGUCUGAGACGGCCCUUAGAGCACACCACACCUGCUCUGAGUGAAACGUUAGUGAGGUUUCUUCACCAGCUGAAGAGCACGUACAGGAUUUGCUCUCCCCACUGGCCUUGUAUCAGCUCUUUGGCCACCAGAGCAGGGUGCUGGAGAGCACAGACUGCUUGUAUUUUCUUGCAGGUUGCGGGGUUGGUGGUUCUCCCCAUGCCAAGGGGAUUGUGCUGCUCCUUCUGCCUGGCUCUCCGUGCUCGUUUGCUUUCUGGUGUCGCUCCCCGAGAGCUGUCCUUCUUAGGGAAGGAAAUCAGCUGGCAGGGGCUGCCUCAUUCGCAAGGAAGAGUCAUUCUUCCUUUUGAGCCACUGCUUGUGUGGGAGAGGUACGGCGCAUGAUGCGGUGGGUGGACCUCAGGGUGGAAGAGGAGGAUGUGCAGAGUGUGCUGGGACAAGAUAAAUAGAACCCAUGGGUGCUGCCUCCAUAUAUUCUCUCAGGACAGAGCUCCUCCCAGGGGGAUGCUGCUGGCUCACACUGGUGACUUCUCCCAGCGUUGCUGCCAGGCAGGCCAUGUGCGUGGGGAGGUGCAGCCGCAUCGUGGGCCCCUGCCUGCUGGUACUGGGAACGCUCUCUGUGAUAGCCAACAUCCUCCUGCUCUUCCCUGGUGGGGAGUGGAAGUACCUGGCAGACGGGCACAUCACCAAGCAGGCCAAGGUCAUGCCGGGCAUCUGGGGAGGAGGCAUCACCGUGCUGCUGGUGGCGACCCACAUCACAGCGGUGGGGUGGCGAUGCGCCGGCUGCUCCGACUGCGGCACCCGUCGCAACGCCUUUCUCUCCGCCGUCCUCUCCAAGCUGGCACUCCUGGGCUCCACCGUCUGCUUCAUCCUGUCUGGGGUGGGCCUGACCAACGGCCCCCUCUGCCUCUACAAUGACUCUGAGCACGGCCACGGCCCCACCUGGGGAUACCCUUUCUUGGACACCGGUGGUGAGGUGUCAGACAACAGGGUGUUGGCGUCGGCAGAUUAUUUCCUGUACAAGCCGGACACCUGGGACACCUGCCUGGAGCCGGUGGGCAUCGUGGCCUGGAAUGUCACCUUCUUCUCCCUCCUGCUGCUCGUCAGCGCCACCGAGAUGGUGCUGGCCUCCGUCCAGAUCCUCAACGGCUGUGUUGGCUGCCUCUGUGGCUUCUGCGAGGGGAAGCAGGGCCGCCCCACACCCCUGGACUGAGCGCUGGAGCUGUGCUGGUGUGCACGGGGCUCACUGCAGGUGCUGGCGGCUGGAGGCUGGCCUAGGGACAGAGGAGGAGAAGCGGAUCCCGAACAUCGAGGUAUGGGAGCAGGCACAGGAGGGAUGGGGGGCUCCUGGAGGGACCUCGUUUAGAACCUCACUGGAAAUGGGACGACGGAGCAGCUGCUCAUCCUGACCAGCCCAGUGGUGCAGAGCCCAGUCCCCAUGGCCCCUGGGGCUUGGCUGCGCUCACAGCGAGCGCCACCGCCUUCAGCACGUCCUCAUCCCUGCCCGACGCAGGGGCAGAGCACAGGGGCUGCAGGAACAGCAAGUACCUCUUCUUGGAGCAUAUUUGCACAUGAACUGGUGUGGACAGACCCAACACAACUGGUCAGGCCGAGAGGAAAGUAGCGGUGACCAUGGUAACUUAAAAAAGCAGUCAGCCGGAUCACACAACAACAAGGAGAUUGAGAUUUUGAUGAGAGAAAUAGGGCUGGAAGUAAGUAUUCAAAAGGAAGAAGAGAAGGUGCAUAAGCAAGUGUGCCUGUGAGAGGAGAGGCCAUGGCAUUGUGCCUCAGCAGCCCCGACCUGCGGCACCCCUGCUAGUGCCGCUCAAUUUGUGUUUCACAGAUUGAUGGCUGACUGAGUGGUCUCGGGAAAGCAAUAAGCUGCUUUCCGCAGGUGAAUCAAAGGGUUUUUUGCAGUGCCAAGGACCUGGCUGUGAAGCUUGCUCACUGGCAGGGUGCACGGAGGGGCUGCUGAAAUGCCACCUCCACCACUCUGCGCCGAUGUGAAGCUGGAAGCAGGAGGGAGAAGGUCAUUAGGGACCUGUCCUUUAUUUGGAAGGAUUCUGGGUGGAGGAGGAGAGGUGCAAGGGCAGCGAGACAGAGAGAUAAAGGCAGGGAUAGCAUGGUAAUAAUAGCAUGAGCCUCUGAGUCCAA